AUGACACAGUAUUGGACUCCGCACUGUGAAGAUGAAAUCAAACCAGCAGUUGACAUGAUUUUUAAAACAUUGGAUGCUGGUAUUGAAUUCUACAACAAUUAUGCUGCCAAAGUCGGGUUUGACACGAGGUCUAGUUCCCUCGUUAGAGCACGCGACGGGACGAAAACUCUAAAGCAAAUCGUUUGCAAUAGAGAGGGAUUUAAGAAUACGGGUGCUCAACAUUGUCACUCAAAAUCAAAUGCAGAUGCGGGGGAAGGUCCUUCGCGUCCAAAGCGGCGGAGGGUUUCAAACAGAACUGGUUGCAGAGCUAGGAUUAUUUUUAAGUACAUUGGAGUAGCUGGGUACCAGGUUGCGACAUUUAUUGAAAAACAUAAUCACAGCAUGUUUUCGGUUCUUGCAAGGCAGUUCCUAAAGGGAAAUAGAAACAUCUCCAGUGUUCAUCAGAAGUUUAUACUAGAUUGUGCUAAAGAAAAUAUUGGAACAUCAAAAUCACACGGUUUAUACAGUCAGAUUGUGGGGGAUUACUCUGAAGUUGGGGCAACCGCAGUUGACUUUAAAAAUAUCAGAAGGGAUCUCAGAGCAUACAUAUUGGGUGCUGAUGCACAAAUACUCGUGCAUAAUCUUAUUAAAAAACAAGAGAUGUGCCCUGCAUUUGCUUUUGACUACGAAGUUGAUGAAGAUGAGCAGAUGAGUAGACUAUUUUGGGCAGAUCCAAUGUCAAAAAAGAAUUUUGUUGCAUUUGGAGAUGUUGUCUCUUUUGAUGCCACAUAUUCAACCAACAGGUACGAUCUGGUUUUUACACCCUUCGCCGGAGUUGAUAACCAUAAAAAAUGUAUAACAUUUGGCGCUGGACUAUUGUUGAAAGAAUACAUUGAGUCUUAUGUUUGGCUCUUUGAAAAAUUUAAAAAGGCAAUGGGUAUGGAACCAAGAAUAAUUGUCACUGAUCAAGAUCCAGCUAUGAAAGUUGCGAUUCCAAGAGUUUUCAAGCAAGCCAGGCAUCGUUAUUGCAUGUGGCACAUUAUGUGUAAAGUUGGGGAAAAGGUGGGUCCUACGUUGAACAAGAAUGAGGAGUUUAAGAACAAAUUGAACUCAAUCGUUUGGACGUCAUCUUUAGAACCUCCUGAUUUUGAGAAACAGUGGAGAGAGCUCAUGGAAAAGUACAACUUAGUCGAACACAAUUGGUUUACAACUAUGUUUGAGGCUAGAAACCAUUGGAUUGCAAAACUUAAAACAUCUCUUUUGGUUCCGGCAGCAUCCAACACGCUGCCAGCCUGCCACAAUGCUCAACUCUUAGCCUUGGAUGAUGUUUGGUUGCAGCAUGAUGAGCUUGCAGCUGAAAUUGACGAAUGA